UGCCAAAAUCGUGGUUCAUCUGCAUCCAGCUCCUCCUAACAAAGAACCUGGCCCUUUUCAGAGUAGUAAGAAUUCCUACAUUAAACUCUCCUUCAAAGAACAUGGCCAGAUUGAGUUUUACAGACGUUUAUCAGAGGAAAUGACCCAGAGAAGAUGGGAAAAUAUGCUAGUUCCCCAGUCAUUACAAACAAACAGAGGACCCCAGCCAGGAAGAGUAAGAGCUGUGGGAAUUGUAGGCAUUGAAAGGAAACUGGAAGAAAAAAGAAAAGAAACAGACAAAAAUAUUACCAUCAGGUUUAAGUCCUACUUGCUGAGCAUGGGGAUAGCCAACCCAGUCACCAGGGAAACCUAUGGCUCCGGCACACAGUACCAUAUGCAGCUGGCCAAACAGCUGGCUGGAAUAUUGCAGUCACCAUUAGAGGUAAGGUCAAACCUCAGUGUCCUUUAAAAACUGCAUUGAAUCAUUUCCAUGUCAUCAGAAACCUUAGGAGCAUGA